AUGGACGACGCUGGCGACAAGUAUGGUCAUAUACGUGCAUACCUCGCGGUACUUCAGCGCGAGCACAACUCCAAGAGCCCCACAGGGGAUUCUGAUGGCCCCGAGGUCAGCAACGCUGGACUUGCUGCCAAGAUUGCUUCGCUACUAGCGGAAGAAAAGGAAGAUGAGGUCAAGAACCUACUAGCGGAAAAGCUGAGCAUCCCGGAAUCAUCGCCCGAUCUCGACGCGUAUGUCCUCGAGUUUAUGCACAAACACAAGGACGAUAUCGACGGAAUAUCAUUGGUCUCGCUGGCCACACCUACCCGACGGCCUUUGUCCCGUGCAUCCUCCACCUCAUUCCGUCUCCCGCGCCCAGAUACUCCCUCUGCGAGCGGGUCACCAUUAUCUACAUCAUUUCGUCGGCCACACACACCUGCCAGUGUUACUUCGCCCCUAGCCGCCAAUCUUCAGGCCUAUGCCCUCGGCAAUUCACCUUCAGCCAGUCCCACGCUCGGUCAUGCAACCACCCAUGCCUUUCCUGGAGUAAUUGGUGGUCUAUCUGGCUCAAGACCCGCAUCUCCCUUGCCCUCGCCUCGCCAUCUCAAUGCAAAGGCUUUAGAAUUUAGACCUGGUAUGUUGUCCAGACAGGCUUCUGCCAUGUCUGGGUCCCUUCAUAGAGAUACCCCAUCCCCAGACGUCUGGGGUCAUGGUUCUCCCCAUAAGGGCACAUCUAAUUUAGCCAUCGCCGCACCACUCGUUCCCUCAGAUAGUUUCUAUCCUCGUCCUCUCACACCUGGCUCGUCCUUGGGAUCAUCUUUCCCGAGCUCGGCCCCUAGCGCCAUUCCCACCCAACCAGGGGUAUCUUCCAGUCUUAGCCCACCAGGUAUCGGACCCUCGCCACUGUCCUCCGAUUCGCCCGUUCCUUCCGCGGCUGUGCCUGUCCCAACUUCAGGUGUACUAGGGAAUCGCCCCAGACACAACUCCUUUGACGACGAAGACGAAUUUUCUCCCUUUGGUACGCGUCCGCCUGGUACCAUUACUAUGGACAUAUGGCGGAGGAAUGGCCGUUCCGGGAUAGGAAUCGAAGGGUAUGACGACCCCCUCUCUCUUACUCCCUUGGAGGUUUUGGCACGUAUAUUUGGGCCAAGCGUUUCACAUGUUGAUCUCGAAGAUGCGCUUUCACAAGCAGGGUGGGAGUUUGACAAUGCAGUUGCAUUACUAAUGGAACGCACGAAACCGGGUUCCAAAGCGAUUCAAGUCAAGGCUCCUCCAGCAACAGGACAAACCCCUAGCCAAGUUACGCGCUCAUCUGGAGUGGCCGUCGUUCCGAGGGAAACAUUUGUACAGACCCGGGGAGCAACUAAAGGACAGGCUGUCGCUGGCAAGGCUACCACAAACUCGGGGAGCACCGCUGCCAAUCGAGUGUGCAGAUAUUAUCUGGCUGGGGAGUGCCGUAGAGCUGAUUGCCGCUUUAGAGCGUGCUCUCUGCCGUUUUGGUUGCGCAGUCAAUGCGCCAAGGGCGAACAUUGCGAAUUCUUGCAUACUCUGCCGCAAGAGUCUGAUGUCAGUGGAAUAGUCAAUUCCAUGGCUCGCACAGACCUUGGGCCAGUGGACGCACCAGUUGAAGAACCCCCCGUUGAGGAUUUCCCGCUGCUUGGUCGGUCUUCCAGCGCUGCUCCUAAACACGAUCCAGGGCGAUCUCGCUUUGCAAGUGCUGUGAAGAAAGGCACUCCCGCUCCAACUCGUACCGCUUCGGGCACAAACACCAAACCAGCUGCUGCUCCUCGAUCAUCGCCCAGAAUUCGGCUUCGUCCGCCAUCGCUCUUGCCCACUCUUCCUACAGGCGAUAUGCUAAAUAAUAUGUACAUGACCUAUCGACAACGAGCUAUCCAGCUUGGCGCCGCACGUAAUGCAUGCCUUUCGCGGGCGGCCGACGCAUGGCGCCGCGGAGAUGGGGCUGCAGCCAAACGGUUCUCCAAGGACGCGCACGAGCUGAACCGUAAGAUGGUCGACGAGAGUGGCGAGGCGGCGCGUAAGAUUGUUCGAGAGCGUGUACGCACUGCUGUCGAUGCUGUACGUCACCGCGACGCAUCCUGGAGCGAUGACCCGCGCGAUCGCGCAGAACGAGGCAAGAUGUGUGGGGGCGAGCUUGGUGUAGUUUUGGGAGUAGCCAGUAUGACAGCACUUGGCGAGAACGGAAAGGGGCUCAGGGCAGAGGAAAGGAUGGAAUGUCUCUUGGAUCUUCACGGGUUGCAUGCUGCCGAAGGUGUAGAGGCAUUGCAGGACUUUUUACUCGAGCUUGAAAAAGAGCAGUAUUUUGGUUUAGCAUAUGUUAUAGUUGGGGAAGAGAAGCACACGGGGACGCAGGAUGCUGCACGAGGUGCCUCCAAAGCACGCUUGGGUACAGCUGUUCGCGAGUGGUUGUCUGAAUGGGCGUACCCGUGGAGCGAAAGAGGUGGCGUAUUGGCAUUUCCGCGUUCUGUCAGGCCCGCAAGUUGUUCCAUCCCUCUGCCUCUGUCGCCAGCUUUACGCCCUCUAAAAAGAGUUCAGACAUAUAUGGCUGAUCUUACGACCCAGAUAUCUCCCUCUCAUCCCUCUGUGGGCUCUGACAUGGGUUCUGAAUCGUUUAUCGUUCGCUCUGAAUCCAUGGCGAUUCCCAUUGACGAGGAACCAGUUCCACCGCGCCCCGAGUCUCCGUCGACCGAAAAGCAAGGGCUUUUGGAGGCUCUUGAUCAAGCUCAUUCUGCUCUCUCGAAAACUCGGGCAGAAAACGACGACUUGAGGGAGCAACUGGCAACUGCAGAGGCCAAAGCUCAAGACCAAGCGGACCAAAUUGCCAUGCUUCGCAGCAAGGUCGAGGAAGCUCGCCGAGGUGUUAUGCGGCUCCAAACAGAAAACAGACGUGCGAGCCAGCUUCAGGCAGCUGCCAACUCACAGGAGCUCCGUACCUCGAAGCGAGCUUCAUUCAUUCUUCCACCUACCCCUGCGUCGCCCGGAGGUCUCAGUCCGGGAAAGCAUAUUCACCGACGCAUAUCAAGUAUGUCCGAGCCCAGCCUUGCUGAUCAGCUUCGGCUCUCUGGGUCCCCGUCGAGCUUUGUGACUUCGUUCCCGGAGCAUAUUUCUGGCCGAGUUACACCUCCUGGCCCUUCUGCUGAAGAUUUGCGAAAAUUCGCGCCGACGAGCGAGACGGCAGUGCGUGCGCUCAGAGAAUUCAUCGCCGAAAAUGCAGUGGGCGAAACCAAGUCUAACUCGGGUUCGGAAGGCCUUCAGGGUCUGAGAUUACCGCCCUUGCCGAGCGAUGCGGAUGUAGCCGACGUUGACGCAACGCCAAAGAAGUCUGAAGAGCCCAAACGGGGGUGGGGCAGUUGGCUCAAACGCGGGGAGACGUCCAAUUCGAUACCCAGACCUAACCUUGCUCCUGUGUCGAGUGCGAUAUCCCUCAAGGUCACACCGGAAGACGAGAGCGUCCCAGCGAGUGCCACUUCGACUACACCUGACAAGCUUUGUGAACAGCUGGACCAGGAGCCGCACGGGUUUGCCAGAUUCUUUGGAAAGACCACGAGUGCUGCAAGCACACCUGCUGUUGCUCCUGUCCCACUUCCAGACAUUUCGCGAUCCUCGACGCCCGCAUCCCACAUCGAGGCUCGAUACGAGCCCGAGGGUGAAGAGUCUAAACAUGUUCCCCCGCCCCUGCAGCUCCGCCGCGAGGGAUCUCAACGGGAUUCGGUGUCCACUGCCACUACUGAUGAUCCCGAACCCAUCAGCCCUCCUGCUGAUAUGGUAGACAUUGCGCUCGACCACAGGCGACCGACCGAAAAGGAAGAAUUUGCCGGCGAGCGCACCCCAACUGUGGCGAGCACGACUGGAUUUGCCAUGUGA